AUGCUUUCACUUUUUAAAUGUGCAUCAGGAGAUGAUUGGAGAACUAUAAUGACUGAUACAAUUUUUUAUAAUCCAUAUUGUGAUGAAAAUGAAAUCUAUUGUGGAAGUAUUUACAAUUAAAUAUAUUUCUUUCUCUUUAUGUUACUUUCCAACUAUGUUUUAUUAAAUUUAUUUGUUUUGGGUUUAGUUGAAUAAUUUGAAUAAUUCUUUAUGCUAUAAAAUUCCAUGAUUCAAACAUAUGUUGAGAAUAUGGAUAAAAUUAAAACUAUAUGGUGCAAAUAUUCUUCCGAAACAUAAGGUUAAGCCAUGCAUUAUAAAUUUUUAUGUCGUUUUCUUAUGGAUAUAGGUAAACCUUUAGGUGGAGGAAAAGAUGAAAAUCUAUGGGAUGUUGGUAAAUUAGCAUCAUCAUUUAAAUUAUAAUGGUAAUCUGAUAUAUUUAUUAUUUUAUAGUGAUCAUUUCGGAUAUAUCUAAUUUAAUUAACUCAUGUAUGAAUUGUUUCGAGUUUGCUAUCAUGUUGAAGUAUUCAAAAAUGGAACCAUUUCUUCUAUCAAGAAAAUCAAAUAAUUUAAUAAAGAAAUGCAACUCAGAUUAAUGUAUUAUAGAAGAAAUAGAUUUCUAUAGAGAAGUAAUAUUAGUCCCAUUCUACACUUAAAAGCUAAUUUCAAUAUUUUACAUGAUUAUCUCACUGUUCUAAUCAUGUAUAAAGCAUGGGAAGCUUUCUCUAAAAAAUUAAUUAAAAAAUUAGCGAUUAAAUAAAAUUAAUUUACUGAAGAAGACUUAAAUGAACAAGAUUCUUCUUUCGAUCAAAAAACUAUGAAUAAUCAAUAGUAAUUCUUUAAAUUAAAUCUUUAGUUUUGAUUAAGACUGUAAUGAAUUUCUUCAAGAGGAUGUUGCACAAUAAGUUUUAUCUAAUGAAAUCCCUCAAUAAGAAAACAUUCAUCAAAAUACUAAAUGUUCAGAUGAUGGCAAUAGUAAAAAAGAAGAUAUCCCUAUAUACAGAUGGUAAAAAGACUAAUAAUCAGAACCAUUAUAUGAACGAGCCUUCAUAUCUCCUGAAAAAUAAUCUUUUAAAUAAAAAAAGAAAUUUUGA